CGAGCUUUCCCUUCCCUCUUCCCUCUCCUCUUCUAUCCUUGCUCCGUUUCUGCUACUCUUCUCUGCGAUACUGAAUCGGCUAGGUCUUCAUUCCGCUUCACGUCCUUCAGUUAUCUCCUCCUUCCACCCUCCCGGUCAUCUGCAAGCACAGCAACUUGACUCAUACAUAAUGGAGAAUAACACGGCCCUAGAGGAGAAAGGUGCUCCUGUUAAGAACAUUGUACAGGAUGACACUCCCACAAAGAUCCUGGACCGCUCCUCCUUCACACACAGGCAGUACAUGUACCUCGUUGUAGGUGUGCUGGUCCAGGCCUUUUUGUACUCGUUCGAGGUGAACUUGAUGUACGGCUGCCAAAGUAAUAUUGUGGCCGCCCUCAUUUCCUCUUCGUUGAUCAGUGUCCUCCCCACCAUCCUCCAGAUCCUGUCAGCGGCCCUUGUACCGUUCUACACUAAGGUGUCUGAUGUCGUCGGUCGCGCUGAGGCUUUGACCUUCGCCAUGGUUUUCUACUUGAUCGGCUACACCAUUCAGGGUACAUCCAGCACCUUCAAGCAAUACGCCCUCGGCCAAAUUGCGUACGGUAUCGGUUCAACUGGCAUGUUGACCUUGACUCAAGUCUUGAUCGCAGACACGACCUCGUUGAUCAACCGUGGUAUUGUCUUUGCGCUCUGGGACCUUCCAUCAGCCGUCAACAUCUUCGCGACCCAACCUCUUAUCGAUCCGCUGUCCGGACCUGGUCGCAACUGGCGCAACGUCUACCUCGUCGUCGGCCUUCUUUCCGCCGUUGGCGCUGUCGCGAUCCUCACACCUCUUUGGUACCUGCAAAAGAAGGUUCAGCGCAAGGGCGUCAAAGUUCACCGACGAUCUUUGGGCUGGUUGCUGCACGAAUAUGAUGCUAUCGGAGCCUUGCUGAUCACUUUGGGUAUGAGUCUUACGCUGUUGCCUAUGAUCCUUGCCAAAACCUUCGAGGGCAACUGGAAGAACGGAAAGAUUCUCGGUAUGUUCAUUUCUGGAGUGAUCGCGUUGGCACUCUUGGCUUUCUGGGAACUCAAAUACACGGACAAGCCCAUCAUGCCCAUGAGAAUCUGGAUGAACCGUACCUGCUUUGGUGGAUUGGUCGUCGGCUUCUUCAUGACUGUCAUGGCCUCAAUGAACUGGAUGUACUUUACUCUGUACUUAGUCGUGUCGCGCAACCUGGGCUUUGACGACGCAUAUUUGCUGGAACGUGGUUACCAAGUAGCAUAUCUGGUCUUCCAGCUGCUCACUGCGAUGCUCAUGAAGCGUUACAACACAUACCGUCCGUUCAUCUGGAUUGGUAUCGUUGUCCACACAGCUGGUAUUGGUUUAAUGAUUCCCGCGCGUCUGCCAACGUCCUCGGAUGCGUUUGUAGUCAUUUCGCAGACAAUUGUCGGUGCUGCAGGAGGAAUGGCUAACAUUGCAAGUUCCGUGGCUGUUACUGGUGCGGUGGGAAGGAAGGACAUUGCAACAGUUAUUGGUGUUACGCAGAUUAUGGGUUCUUUCGGAAGCGCCUUUGGCAAUGCCUUGGCUGGAGGCGUCUGGACACAGUAUCUCCCACAAAGACUGGCUAUGCACAUCACGGGCCCUUAUGACGAGUUCCUGGCCAUGAACAGCCCGACUGUAUACAUUCCCAGCCUGGAUGAGAUGACUAGGAGCCAGCUUAUCGAGGCAUACAGCGACUCCCAGAAGCUGAUGUCGAUCAUCGCUAUGAGUUUGGCUGUCUUUGCCUGUGCGUGCACAGUACCAAUGCAGUACGUCGAUCUUCUCAAGGAUCAAGCCCCGUCUAUGGAUUCUGCCGAUUCUGAUGCGCGUCUGGCAGAUGCCACUGAAGACAAACCGGAUGAGAAGUCUUAGGACUCCAUCCACUAUUAGUUCUUCCUUGGCUCCAGUUCCAGCUUUAAUACUCUUUAUAUUUAGCAUAAUAAUAUUUCUGUAGUCCCUGUA